GUCAUCUACAACUACCGCGGCACCGGCAACGAGGUGCUGCCCAUGUCCCACCACGGAGCUGAAAGCAUCGUUGCAAUUAUGAUUGGCAACCUGAAAGGCAUGGAGAUCUUACACCGGAUUGAGAGCGGCAUGAAAGUCAUGAUGGUUAUUGAAGUCGGGAAAAAGCAUGGUGAUUGGCUGAAUCGAUACUCUGUCUUCUUCAUCUCGGCGUCGUUUUUCAUUCUCGCAGCAUCAACUAUUGGCUUCUUUAUUUUUUAUUCUGUUCGAAGACUGAGGAUUGCAAGGGCCCAGUCCAAGACUCAGCGACAGCUAAGGGCCAAGGCUAAGAAGGCCCUGGAACAGUUAACAGUGCGCACCCUGAAGCAAGGGGACGAGGAAACUGGUCCUGAUGCAGAUGUCUGCGUUGUGUGCAUUGAUCUGUACAAGCCGAAUGAAGUAGUGCGUAUUCUGACUUGCAACCACAUCUUCCACAAGAAGUGUGUUGACCCCUGGCUUCUGGAACACAGGACAUGUCCAAUGUGCAAAUGUGACAUACUUAAAGUUUUGGGCAUCGAGAUGAAUGUAGAAGAAAGACCUGAGCUUGUGCAGGCAGAGUCUGUGCAAGCCACAGUAUCCAGUGGGACAGCAAAUGUCUCUAUAGUUAAUGAAGAGGACAAUCAUAGUGAAACGGCAUCAUCUGGAUAUGCUUCUGUCCAAGCAGCAGAUGAGCCUGUUCCGAAGGAACCCACACCAACACCAAAUGACAACAUGCAUCUUAUAAGCAAUGAAUUUCAGCCCUCUGCUGUGAAUGAGCUUCCACACAUUGACAACCCAAGUUUCGAAGCGGAAGCAGAUGAAAUAUAA